AUGGAUCUCAGCCUUGACAGAAACUCAUCUGCUGUAACUCAACGGACGGGACCGGUGAGCAGCAAUUUCACUGCCCAGAACCAAUCUACAGCCAUCGCCAACACAAGCAUUCCUCACGAGGUCCCAGGUAUCCGGCACUUCGCGCUAUCUGGUGAUGUCACUCAAGAAGCGCCAACUCCCCUGGAAAGCCCAGAAGACCAGUUAUCAUCCUUCAGCUACAUCAGUGUGGAAGUUCACUACACCCUCCUCUUGUUCAUUAUGGUUUGCAGUGUCGCCAUCAACGGACUUGUAUUUGUCCUGUUCUAUCAGCGCCCAUCAGUGCGCAUGCCUUCCAACAAGUUUGUUCUGAAUAUGGCCAUCGUACACCUCCUGCAGACCUUCAUCGUGCUUCCAUUUGUCUUCGUUUCCGUCCUGUUUCAAGAAUGGAUAUUCGGCGAAAUUUUUUGCAAGAUACACGGCACACUGUCCGUAUGCCUCACCAUGGCCAAUGUGUUUUCGAUUCUACUCAUAGCCGUCGACCGUAACUGUGCUGUAAACAGCCCUCUGCACUACUCAAUGACCAUCACCAAGAAAAGGACGAACGUCCUAAUUUUGUCGACAUGGGUAUUCGCGAUAGUCGUCUCGGUGCCGCCACUUGUGGGCGUUUCAGGUUUGCAGUACCAGAAGAGUUGGGCGAUGUGUACUGUCACCUGGUACGACACCGGUCUGCUUACCCUAGCGUACUCUUGCGUCCUGUGUGUCCUCGGCUUUCUGCUGCCUUUUGUUCGAAUAACGUGGAUCUACACGUCCAUGUUCCAAGCAGCUCGGCGGAAUAGUGCGUGCACUCGCCUCCACAACAUCAAGAGCGGGAGCAACGAGAUAAGCCCACCCCCAUCGGCAGGACUGGACGGCGGGAGUGACAUGCCGGUCUGCCUGAACCGCAAAUCAGCCUGGUCUAAGCGAACAACUUCCAGCCAAGUGUCUUCGUUAUUUGGCGACAAAUUGAAGGCUGUGCGCACAGGAGUUUUCGUGGUCGUCUCCUUCACGGCCUGUUUCCUUCCUUUCUUCGCCAUGACAGUUGUGGAGCCACAUGCGCAGACGUUGAAAGCUCCUUUGCACAAUCUUCCAGCCAUUGCCAUGCUACUCCUGUUCUCGUCUUCACUUGUCAAUCCGUAUUUGUACGUCAUCAGGAACAAAGCAACGCGUAAGCAUAUUCGUAAGAUGUUCCAUUGCCUGACGCGCAAACCUAGCUUCUUCUCGCCGCAAGGUUACCACCAUAGCCACCAGAGCCCGCUGCAGGAGCCAAGGUGUUCGGACGGUACUAGAGUGCUCGAGAGUACCGCCUCUCUGCGCUCAGAUGGGAGCGAAGAGUACCAGAGAACCUGGAUGAGGCAAUCUCUUUGCCGGAACAAGUCUGGUGAAUGGAAUAUCAUAGCCGUUACAACUGAGCCGAGUACGUCACCAUCCAGGCGGUCGUCUAUACUAGUACACCGUCCACGUUACGUUGAUGAGAUGGAAGAGCUGUUCCAGCAAGACUCCUCGUACCAUCACAAUAAGUCCAUGCCUGCACGGUACGGUGCCUCUGUAAUGAGCAGCAGUUACCGACGAGCAUCCCUAGACAGCGGGAAAGUGCCGUGCGAGCGGUUUACCAAAAUUCCUGAGAAGCGGUUCAAGCGCACAUCUACGACCGUAGGCACAUCAGGUGAUCGCAGCAAGUCUUUCCGUAUUCGCGGUCGUUAUGCCAACAGAAAGGAACUUUCACUAGAAUGUGAUCCGUCGUGCAAUAUGAACGUCAAUCAUGAAGACUGGCGGCGUUAUCUUAGUGAGUCUUGCCAGCGUCGUCAUGGAAGCAACGCUAGGCAUGAUUUGCGGAGCUACGCUUCUAUCCUCACCCAUGCUGCUGAAGUCCACCGGGCAGCGCCACGCUCUGCCACUUGUAUGGCGCCUGCCGGACACACGUGUCUACCAGUGCUGGUGCGGGGUAGGUCACUUGCCAUGGAUGAGCGCGAGAAGAGCGCGGUGGUACCUGCGCAGGCAAUAUCUCGGUCUGGUGGCCUCAGGAAGACUCAGUUUGCUAUGGGAAGGAGAUCAUCGAAACAAUCUUCCAGCGACACGAAUACCACCACGCUGGAAUCUUUGACCUCGACGGAGUCGCAAGAACUUCCCAUCAUUUCGUCACCACGCACCUUGUCACCCACGUCGCUGACGUCUUACCGUUAUCCACACGUUCAGACGCACCAACAGCAUCAGCAGCAGUGCUGGAGACAACGCGGUUACAGUUCUGUGCCUCCACCGACCGCCAUUUUGUGUCAGCAGCUACAUCAGUCAGCCGAGGUGCCGCAAGAUUCUCAGGACCGAAGAGACUCUGGUUUUGAAGACACCAUGCUCGAAAGGUGUGACCUCUGCUGUACAGCUGUGAGCGAACAUGAUUCUAUCAAAGCGAUGAAGUUCAUAGAGCAUGUGUAAAUUUUCAGCAGACUUUACCAUCUACCAGAUGGACGACCAAGACUGUGCUGUGCCCUUAGGCUUCUAAAAGGGCAUUCGAAUAUAUGUUUUCAUGUGAGCCGACUUUUGCCUGUGUUUGUACAGUGAGCCGAGAUGGCAUAACGCGAACAACUAAUGACAUUUUAGAAUUUUAU